GGCCUGCUGCUCUCUGCUGCAGAGAGGGGCUGCGUGACGUCACUCCGUGCUGGAGCGGUUCCUUUGGCUGAAGCGGAAAAAAAUGGGGAGAAGACAGCGAGGACCUCAGGCAGGGGAACCAUAAGUGAUGAAGUGAAAGGGGGUCCUGAAUGUUGCCACUAUGUGUGGUCAUGUGACUGAGCUGGGCUCUUCUAAAGCACAUGGGAUCUUUCUUCCUCCUACUGAUUUGAUCUAGUUGCCCGGUAGAUUUCACCAUGAGAGGAUCUGUCAGGUGCUCGACCUCUGUGCCCUCAUACUGGCGCUACCGUUGCGUUGCGUGAGCGCCCCCUCUCUUCCGGCAGUUACUGCACGGAAUGGCCUCUCUGGACCUGCCAUACCGCUGUCCUCGCUGCGGGGAGCACAAGCGCUUCCGAAGCCUGUCGUCUUUACGCGCUCAUCUGGAGUACAACCACACGUACGAGACCCUCUACGUCCUCUCCAAAUCCAACAGUGUAUGUGACGCCGCUGCUCUGCUGCCCCUAGUGGCCGAGGGAGCUCUCCUCACCCCUGCCAACAACAACGACCCCUUUGAGCCAUUGCGACCUUCUGCUUUAAAGGAGAGACGUUUCCCUUGCCGUGAACUUCCUUGUGCAGACGACCUGAGUUUAACCCCAGCAAACUCCAACACUGCAGCCCGGUAUCUUCCCAAUGUGGAGUUUCCCUUGGGGGAGAUUUUCAUGAAGAAAGCUAUGACAUCCACAGACCCGGGUCCCCAUGGUAACCCCAGCACAGCUGUAGCAGUGGCAGCUAAUGUAGCAGCCAGCGCAGUGGAGGCAGCCUAUGAAGAAGGCCUGGCCAGGCUUAAAGCACGGGCCUUUGAGCGGCUAGAGCUGGAUGAGAGGCUGGAGAAACUGUCUGAGGAGGUGGAACAAAAAAUAGCGGCCCGUGUAGGUCGUCUUCAGGCGGAGCUGGAGAGGAAGAGUUCAGAAUUAGAGCGAGCCAAGCAGGAGAGUGAGCGGCUGAGCCAGGAGAAACAAGACCUGGAGGACAAAGCGUCCGAACUGUCUCGGCAGGUGGACGUCUCAGUGGAGAUGCUCGCUAACCUCAAACAGGACCUGGUGAACAAGGAGACGGAGCUCACCCACAAACAGCAGGAAGUUGCCCAGAUUGACCAGUUUCUUCAGGAGACGGCGGCACGAGAGGCCAACGCCAAGGUGCGCUUACAACAGUUUAUCGAGGAGCUGCUGGACAGAGCCGACCGCGCCGAAAAACAGUUGCAGAUCAUCAGCAGCUGUGGGACCAGCCCCAACGGCAGCCUGGGGCGCUGCAGCCUCCAGGCGUCCAAAGGCAACGGACGACAGAGAAACUCCAGCAUCUCUGGGAGCACAAGGGGCAUGUACCAAGUGUCAGACAGACGUUCCUCUCCAAGCACAGGUGCAUCAGGGCGGAUCAAGUCUGUGUCCCAGGGGUCUGGGGGUUACGACAGUGACAGCGUUGAGAUGCAUCCAAUGGAGGACUGUCCCGAGGCUCAGUACUAUCACAUGCAGUGCAGACUGGGAGAGGGGGGAUACGAGCGCUCCCCUGGCUGCGGCGGCGGUGGAUCAAGGAACUGGGGUCUUCGUAAGCAAGCUAUUCAGAAUUGGCAGCGACGGCCAUACAGGAACAGUACUGAAGGGGAGGAGGGGGACGUGUCGGACGUGGGCUCUCGGACCACUGAGUCCGAGGUGGAAAUGUGGGAGCAAGAGAGGAGAGCUGUGGCUGAAGUUCAGCAGUCUGCCGCACCCUAUCCUCACCAUGGCAGAGCCGCGUACCACCCAAACUCAGGUCGGUCUGAAGGUGUCUACAAGCCGUGUCGCCAUGAGAAGAGCCCAUCCAAGUCCAACGAGGUGAUCAGUCCGGAGAUCCUGAAGAUGCGAGCAGCCCUGUUCUGUAUCUUCACCUACCUGGACACUAAAACCUUGCUGAGAGCCGCGGAGGUCUGCCGCGACUGGAAGUUUGUAGCUCGUCACCCAGCGGUGUGGACGCGAGUGCUGCUGGAAAACGCACGCAUUUCUUCCAAGUUUUUGAGCACAUUGUCUCAGUGGUGCACUCAAACGCACUCCCUCAUCCUGCAAAACCUCAAACCGAGACAGAGGGGAAAAAAGGAAACGAAGGAGGACUACCUUAAAAGCACACGUGGCUGUCUAGAGGAGGGUCUGGAGGCAUUGUUAAAGGCCACAGGAAGUAACCUGCUGAUACUGAAGAUUUCACACUGCCCCAACCUGCUGACUGAUCGCUCCCUCUGGCUGGCCAGCUGCUACUGCCGAGCGCUGCAGGCUGUAACCUACAGAAGCGCCACAGACCCAGUUGGCCAGGAGGUGAUCUGGGCUCUUGGAGCAGGUUGUAGAGACAUUAUCUCCCUCCAGGUGGCACCACUACAUCCAUGCCAACAACCUGCUCGCUUCAGUAACCGAUGCCUUCAGACCAUCGGGCGAUGUUGGCCACACCUUCGGGCUCUGGGAGUGGGCGGGGCUGGAUGUGGUAUUCAGGGACUCGCCUCACUGGCGAGGAACUGCAUGCGUCUGCAGGUGCUGGAGCUGGACCAUGUGAGUGAAAUUAACCAGGAGGUGGCAGCAGAGGUUUGCAGAGAGGGACUGAAGGGCCUGGAGAUGCUGGUCCUCACAUCGACACCGGUGACCCCCAAAGCCCUGCUGCACUUCAACAGCGUUUGCCGCAACCUCAAGUCCAUUGUGGUUCAGAUUGGUAUAGAAGACUACUUUGAGGAUCCCAACAGUCCUGAAGCUAGAAAACUAUUCGAUGAGAUGGUCAACAAGCUGCAGGCUCUGAAGAAGAGACCUGGCUUCUCAAAAAUCCUUCAUGUGAAGGCAGACAGCCUCUGCUAACGUCUUUUGUGCUGCUUGUUUCACGUCUUGGAGAGGCGCCAUCUUGGCUGCCGUCACUCAAAAAUGAAACGACCCAGCUGUUUUGAGCCCACUCCACAGGGGUUUAAUCUGCCUUCAGCUGCAACAGAAACCACAGCAGAUUGCAAUGACGAACAAGGACCAAGGCUCAAUGUGCAUAAUCAACAACAAGUCAUUUACUGUUCCAGUAGGAGAAUCAAUAUCCUCUUAAUGUCGGAAAGACAUGAAAAUCUUUCAAAGGCUCAUUUUGCCUGUGAGGAUUUUGACAGUGGCACUAUAUAUCAGACAAAGGGCCCGUUUCACACUUCACAAACUUUACAAACUACCCAAACCUAUCAUAUUCCUCUUUCUCAGCUGUCUUUUUGCUUUCACCAUAAGAUUGGAUCCUGCACUGAGCCAGACCUCUUUGUCGAAACACCUGGAGCCAGGUGACAGCGCUGUAUUUACCCGUCUGCAUCUUACAUACAUAUGCUUGACGUUACCUGGAACCUACAAUACCAACCGCUUAUGUGCAGGAGCUCAUUAUACCGCAUAUAUUUUCCACAAAGAUUAACUUAAAACACUGGCAGGGCUUUGAAAUUGGUGGGGAAUCGAAUUGUGAGUUCUCUUAUCUAAGGAGACACUGUUUUUUUCUCAGAAUUAGACUGAAUAAGUGGUUUUCAUCCAGACUUCCCUGCACUACAUUGAAACUGGACAAAAGACAACUUUCAGCUCUUAGAAGACACACAUACUGCUUCCACUCAGUACAAAAACAUGCUGUACCAGCUCCAGACACAGUGUAGAGAGCAAAGACAGCCUCGAAGACUGACCAUCUAUAUUGCCACUGCAUGGCAGCGAUGCUUCUACCAUCCUCUGCUUCCAAUGUGAAAAGGUUAAAACGAUCAUGUCAAAAAUCUGGGCUUUGACUCUCCUGGUUCUUUGAUUGUCGUUGUAUCUCUAGCUCUGUUGUCUUUGAGAACCGGAUGCAGUAUUUACUCUUAAACAAAGCUGGAAAAUGACCCAUAAUGCAUUUCUGUCAAUACUGGUGCCAUUUGUAACAGUGUGUGUCUGCAUUCCAGCGAGCGUUUUCUCCAAUGUGCCAUUAAUGGGAGAAGAGGGACCAUAUGAGGUGGAUUUAUAGCAAAUCUUACAUCACAUAAGGUGUCAUGUUUAGUAUGGAAACUAGUCUCUGGGUGUAUACAAGUGUGGUGUUUAUCUAUCAUGUGAAUUUCAUACUUAGUCACACUAACGGUGCCAUUCAAUGGGCUUGUCAUGGCAUCCCAGUUUUUUCAUCCACCGGCUCCCUCUGUUGGUGUUUCCAGGCAACUACACAGCACGGUGUGACACGACACCCUGACUGACCGACUCCAGCAUAGACCGAGCACCAAUUACCGAGGGGUCAGUGUUCACUUUCACCUUUAUGUUGAAAGCUUCAUUCAAUUUAGAAUACAAUGCAGGAUCAGACAAAAAGUAUGAGUAGCAAUACUAACAGACAAAGUGGGGACAUUUAGUGUACACUCCACUGUGCUGCAAAUAACGUAAAGAGGAGCUCCACUGAAGUUUCACAACAAAAAACAGAGUACUAUUCAGCCUGUACAACACAGCGACUCUGGAGGAGCUUCUUGACAUCUAAAACAAUUAUAGCCUGUAACCACGGUUGUUAUGGUUUUGUUUUGUUUUUUUUGUUUUUUAACUUUUCAUUAGUUAUUUUGUUUUGACUUUUUGCUUUCAAUUGCGGUUUUUAUUUGAUUUUAAAGCUGGUUUUCUACUUGAGUCGAUCUUAAUUUUGUUUUAGUCUUUAUUAGUUUUGACGUAAGUGGCAGACUUUUUGUGGUAAUAUGAAGAGAGUAAGUAACCCCAUAUGAAACUUGAGUGCUUGACUUUAAUCUCCAUGAUGUCAGACCUGGACAGAAUGGCAACACAAACACUGACAUAAUGCACUGUUCUGACAUAAAACUGGCUAAGCUUAAGAUGUUUAGAAGUAAGAAGUAAAACCCAAAGGUCUUAGCUUCUAAAAUGACAAAGCCAGAAACUAGACGGUGUUUUUUCCUUUUUUUUUUUUUUUGUUGUUAUUUCAUUAGUUUAGCCUCGCUUUAAAGUUUACUUUUAACAGGAAAUUAUGCUUUAACAGUGGGUGUGGAUAUGUGUGUGGAACUGGGAUGUUUUGAAGAAUUUAGUUUCAUUCCUGGAGUUUGGAUCCACCCUUUUGUUAUUAUUAUAAAUCAAAUUCUCACACGUUGACUAAAGUGCAAUAUGGAGGACCCCUUUAAACACUCUACUACUGGACCCCUGCUGUCACCUCGAUGUAAACUAAUACUGCAAACAGUUGGUAAACUUGUCUGGAAAUUGAUCCCACACAACACAACAUUUUUUCACAGGUUGCUCAUUUUUACCUCGGACUCCUUACUCGCCACAGGGUGACUAGCGUAGCCUCUAUAACACAUCUUGACAUUUCAUGGGCGGGGUGUGCAACAGAGCAAGGUGGCUGUUUCCAGGACAUUUACAAUCCACUGAGGAGGAUGAGGAUGAGGAGAGAUUGUUCAGACUCUGCUUCAUCAUCCAAAUGUCCCAAGGACUCGUGUAGCUGCAUAUUGUUAUAAUGACGUGUGUGUUCAACGUGAGAACAGUUGUGGCUGUCCAUUUCUUCAUGUUCUUCCAGUACUGCAUAUUAUUAUCUUAACAGGCACAGAUUGUCCACUGAGGUUUGGAAGAGAGAGAAGGGGGGGGUGUCAUGAAAAAGGUGUACAACUUUGCUGACACAAUAGAGAAAACAUAAUGCACUUAUUGAUUUUGUUUUAGACAAUCCUGCCUUCGCUAUCAGCCCCUCUGUACAUAACAUUUGUAAAAAAAAAUUAACAAACAAACAAAAAAAACACCAAAAAAAGAACGUUUGAUGUUAUAUAAUAUUAAUAUUAUUCUGAGUGGAACAAGUUGAAGUUUACAGGUUGUCAUUCUGUAAGCAUUUUCUCCAAAGUUGAAUGAAAGAUAAACAUAGAGAAUUAUAUUAUGUAUAACAGUAGUGUUGAAAUUGCAGUUGUGUAUUAGAUACUUUAUAUUAAAUGUGCAUCAGAGUCAUAUAGAGAUGGAAAUUAUUUAAGAAGAGGAUAAAGAUGAUAAUUCAGCUAUUUAUUUCUAUAAAAAAAGAGCGAUGUGUAUAAUGUUGGCAUGUUUGUGUUCAAGCAUCAAUCAUUAAGUUGCCUUCUUAACUGUUCUGCUACUGUGGCAAGAAAAUUAUUAGAUGUUAAAAAGCUUUGAUUGCCUGCAGGUUAAUAACGUUUCUCCUUAUUUGAUCAAGUCUGUUGUUGCACUAGUGAGAAAAAAAAAAAAGAUAUUUCAGAUGUUUAUUAUAAGAGUGUUGUUUUUAAUGUUCAGCUAUUUCUCAGUAUUUGACAAAAUAUGAUGCACUUUUUUCUGGAACACUUUUAUCGGCCUGUCGGUCAUCAUUAAAAGCCCGAAACGACGCUGGGUUUCUGCCUGUGAGGCGCUUGGCGUUUUCUGCUGUAGAAAGAAAAACGGACAGAGUACUUCUGUUGGUUUAACAAAUGAAGGUUGGGAAAACACGGUGGUUGCAUAUGAACUUCAAUGAGAGAACAGAAUUCCAAUUAGCCUCUUUUCUCUUACACCACAUCUGUCAUCUGUGUCUCUUUGGUUUCGGAGGUUAAAUACUGAACCUGAUUCUUUUGCAUUCAAGUGCUUUUUAGGUUGGUUGCCAAUAUGACCUUAUGCUCACCUUUGUAUCUGUGUUAAUUUUUUUUUUUUCUUUUUAAUUAUUUCUAGAUUAUCUCCUCAUACCAACAGUACAUUUGCUUUAUUGUGAAAAUGGACCUGUUGAAGAUGUUUCACAGCUCUGAAACUACAGAUUAGAGGAGUCAAUUACGCCAGAAACAUUUUUGGCUCAACGUCUACAUCUUUGUCUCUCUUAAUCUUAACGCACAUCUGAUUUAUAUAUCGAUUAUACCAAUGCGGUUCAUCUGUAACAUGUUUGUUUGGUCUUUUAAUCCACUUGCGUUCCUUCUUUGUGUGUCAUAUUGAAAAGCAGUGUCUGAGUGUUGAUGUACCUCUCUGUACAGAGUUUAUGUAUGAAUGAUUGUACUCUGCCCAUUCAUCUGAAUAGUAUUUUACACAUUACCUCAACACUUAUCUGGGCAAUUAAGUGUGUAGUUUGUAAUUUUUUCAUUCAUUUUUGACAUCAACAGGUAUGCCAAUUGAACUUCAUCCAUGUUGCUACUACGACAAAACAGAUUUUGUUGCUGAGAAAACCUUCCCAAAAGACGAUCAGCCUUCUCUGAUGACUGCAAUAGAUGGAAAUGUUUUACUACUCAUUUUCACUCAUUUGUUGUCAUCAAUAAAACUGCUUUAAAUUGUA